AUGAAGCGUUAUGUUUACAUCGAUGACGACGAGUCAUCACAUGAUCUUUACUGUGAUAAUCGAAUAUCAAAUAGAAAAUAUACUUUAUUGAACUUUCUUCCAAAAAAUUUAUGGGAACAAUUCAGUCGGUUCAUGAAUCAGUACUUUUUGCUGAUAACUUACCUGCUGUUAUGGCCUCUCAUUACUCCAGUAAAUCCUGCCAGCAAAUGGGGUCCACUUAUCUUUAUUUUUGCAGUCUCCGCAUCAAAAGAGGCUUGGGAUGAUUACAAUAGAUAUCUUUCAGACAAAAAGGCUAAUCAGAAGGAAGUAUGGGUUGUUAGAUAA